UCAAUUCUUGUAAAAAAAUUCCAAAAAGUGCACUUCCACUACAUUUUGUAUGCCCCUGGGCCAAUUUAGGUUAAAGAAGGACCUUGUUUAAAACUGGAAACAUGAUGAAAAUGCCCCCAUAAUUUCUAGAGGUGUUUGGAAGCAAGGAAUUAUGUUUUUGUUUGUGGGAGCAGGUGUUGCCCUCCCAGGGGGCUAAUGUGACCUCCACAAUUGUCCACUUCUGAUCUAGAGGCUUAAACAAUCUUGCCAAUGGAGGGAUGCAGGGGAGACAUGACAAUAUUGAAAUACUUUGUUUUUCAUAUGGACCUUGGGACUAAAAUAGUACAAUUAAUUACUAAAUUCAGAAUAUGAUCUCUGGUUGUAAGAAAAUAAGCUAAUAAGGACAAGACAGAAAUACCUUUAAAAUUGCAAGAAUGUGACUGAGAUGAUUUUAAUUGUUUCAAAAUAGAGACAAAAGUUCUGCCCCCUUUUUGCUUUUGGAGAUUUGGUAACAAUCAGAUGGUACAAAACAGAACAGUGUUUGUGACACUGGAAAGUAGGGUCCAAGUCCUAAAGCACCCCUGGUCCUUUUGAAUAAAGUAGCUUUAGUGUAUUAGCAACCUCUUCCCUUGGUUGUUAGGGAGCAAUUGUCUGCUGAUAGCAUCACAGUGACACUCUGGUAAGGCAAUAAUUGUCAAUGUUAGGGUUGCUAGGGAGAUGAUGGAAAGGGGAGGCUAGUGUGUUUGGAGUGGUGGCUGGUGGUUUUUACUCUUCCCUGAACCAGGCAUGACGUGUGUUACACGAAAAUGCCUACAGAGAGAGAGAGAAUUCAUCCUUGAUGGAGUGGCAGUGGACACCAUCGCUAGUAGCUACACCAACAUUUUGCCCAAGCUGUGGUCUGCCUUGCCACCUUAUAAUGCUCAGCUGGACAUCCAUGCGGCCAGCUACUUUUCAUCCCCAGUGGUCAAAUCUGUGCUGAAAAAAACAGAACAGACUCGUGGAGGGACCUCCAGAGAUGGCUGGAUAGUGGAUUAUUUCCACAUCUAUGGACCAGGGCAGAGGUACUUGAACAGGAGAAACUGGGCAGGAGCUGGUCAUUCUCCACAGCAAGUGGCUGGUCAUCAUUUAUACUUGAUGAAUGUGAAGCCUAUCAAUGGAUUCAAUGGCCGUUAUGGUUACCGCCGUAACACUCCUGAUCUCCGCACACGCUCUUCUUGCUUUGGCGAAGUCACAUGGUUCCCCAUCCAUUGAGGAAUAAUAUGGCAUAUCUUCUGUGCCUUCCUUUGAUGCGUUUUGGUUUUGAUUUUCCCAUAAUAAUAAAAUACGCUUAAUUUUCA